CGUAGCGGUGACAGCGACGCUCGGAGACUCCCGACAAACUGUCAAAAAGCAGACAACUAACGUCAUGGCGGAGUUAGACCUGAGUCUGAGUGAUGCGCUAACAGACAGCGCUCCCCAGCCAGGCCCUGAGAGCCUGGUGGAGCGGGACUUUGUGGCUCAGCUGGAGGCUGAGGCCUUCGACGAUCAGGUCGGGGAGACGGUGGGAAAGACAGACUACAUCCCCCUGCUGGACAACGAUGACACCAGGGCAGGUUGUAAGCUGACCUCGGGGGGACAGACAACAGCGUCACGCCCGGAGCCGCAGGGAGAGGUGCGGCCACUAUCGUUUGACCAGAAACAGGCCUUGGCUACAGACUUUUUAUCAGGUUUCUCCCAACCUGGAGGGAAGGGGGUCACUGUGGAGUUGGGAGCUGCCCCCCUCCAAGCAGAGAGACCUCCAAGUAUAGCAGAGCCCCAGCAUCUUACAGCCCCAGCGGGGUUGGAUGCCCCUAAAGAGCACAGCCCCAUGCUGCCUGAACCCCAGGUUCCUCGCAGCCCUGUAGAUCUGUCAGCAGGUGCCUUAGGCGACGGCUGGCCAGACCAGGCUGGCUGCCUACCGACAGACCUACCUUUCACACCCAGCGUCACCUCGGUGAUCAAUCGCCAUGCGGGCCAUCUUGCAGCCAGGCCUGAUGACCCACCUGACAGUUGGCCUAGCCGAGAGAGCCCUGCCUACGCUGGAGGCGAUGAAAGGGAGGGAGAUGGAUCGGACCGAAAACAGAAGAAGAAGAAGAAAAGGCGACAGAAGGAUGAGGGAUCUUAUGAACACCUUGAGAACAGGGGUCAACCUGAGAUGCAAGCACAGGGAGAAAACACUCCCCCGACAGAGGAUUUCUACCACCGGAUUGGCCCAAGGCGGGAUAGAGGAGAGGGUAGCUGGGAGGAGCAGCUUGGGAAGAGUGGAGGCCGGGGGAAGAAGGGGAAGAGCAGGAAGAAGCUUCCAGGGGAGUGGGCAGUGAUGGGGGAUCCGUUUGUUCCUUCGUCCGCAGCGACCUCUCAUAUCACAGAGGAGGUGAUGAUGGAUAUAGGGAGUUCAGCUCAGGCAAACCUGGAAGCCUCAUUCACAGAGAUGGACACCAGCCAGAGCCCCUGGAAAAAGGAGGUCUACCCAGAAGAAAGUCUGGUUCCUGCCCCGCUGUCCCAAGACCUAUUCUCCCCAACAGCAGCUUCCAUUAGCCCACUGGUCCUGAACAGUGAGCUGAAAGCCACAGCAGCUCCGUUCAAUAUGCCCUCCACCACCAACAAUGCAACACUUGGAUCCGAACCCAUGGCUCCUCAACCUGGUGAUUCAUUUGAUCUCCUGGUGGAUACCGAAAAUGCCAGUUUGGGCAACAGCAACCAGGCCUUCUCUCCACCUCUCUCUCCAGAUAAUAAAGCGACGGGUAGUGACAUGGUUGAUAGCGGGAUGUUUGACAACACCAGUUCCCUCCAAGAGUCUUGUGUGCAAGACAUGCCUGAAGAAGACACCUCUGCUUUCAGCCCUGCCUCGCAGCCAAGCCCGGGCCUUUCACAGAAAGGUGAGGUGUUAGCCUCAGCUCCACCUCUUUCACCUUCAGAUGCUUCGUGGCUCCUGAACGACUCACACAUUAGCAGCAACAGCGAGCUUUUUGACUUCAGUGACAUGAGCACCUCAGGUCAUCCUUUACUCUUGGGCUUGUCCUUUGACACCCCAAGCCCAGCACCUCUCCGCUCUCCCAAAACCACAGCGCAGGAAAUCCAACCAAAAGAGCACAAAGAUGACAAGUCGUCCCAGAAACAAUCCAAGAAGUCUCGUUCUUCAUCCUCUUCAUCCUCUGUAAAGAGUCCCACUUCCCCAGGAGCUAAGAAGUUCCCUCCACAGGCAUCCCCUGUCAUCAGCCCCUCUUCCCCUCCGUCGGUCAACCCUCUGGGAAUUCCAGGAUCCGGUCUUAACCCUGCAGCUAAGCCCUUCUUUCCCAGCUUUGCUGAUCCCAUGGAAGAACCAGCUUUGGUCCCUCCACUUGCCCCCACCAUCGAAGUUCACAUCCUGGUGUGUCUCCUGAGUAAUAACUUUUAA